CGCACUCUAAGUUGGAUCUUCUCUGUCUUCACGGAAACCAGAAAUCAUAUAAAAGUAUGGCGAUCUUUAGAAUAAGACAAAAGAGCUUCGUGCGCCUCUGGUCGUUUCCCGUGAUCGUGGCCGUGGUGUGCGCGCAAAGUGUCAAUGAUCCAAGCAAUAUGUCUAUCGUAAAAGAAACUGUUGAUAGACUAUUGAAAGGAUAUGACAUUCGCUUGAGGCCAGAUUUUGGAGGUCCUCCGGUGGGAGUGGGGAUGAAUAUAGACAUAGCCAGCAUAGACAUGGUCUCUGAAGUGAAUAUGGACUACACAUUGACUAUGUAUUUCCAGCAAGCCUGGCGAGACAAACGUCUGUCCUAUUCUGAGAUUCCUCUGAACCUGACGCUGGAUAACCGGGUAGCCGAUCAGCUGUGGGUGCCGGACACAUACUUCCUAAACGACAAGAAGUCCUUUGUACAUGGUGUAACAGUGAAGAACAGAAUGAUCCGUCUCCAUCCAGAUGGCACGGUGCUUUAUGGGCUCAGGAUUACGACCACUGCCGCCUGCAUGAUGGACUUGCGCAGAUACCCGCUUGAUGAGCAGAACUGCACACUGGAAAUCGAGAGCUACGGCUACACCACAGAUGAUAUUGAGUUUUACUGGCGAGGAGGCGACCAUGCAGUGACCGGGGUGGAAAGAAUAGAGCUUCCUCAGUUCUCCAUAGUGGACUACAAACUCAUCUCUAAAAACGUGGUGUUUUCUACAGGUUCAUAUCCUCGCCUCUCCCUGAGUUUCAAGCUUAAGAGAAACAUUGGCUACUUCAUUCUGCAGACCUACAUGCCUUCCAUCCUAAUCACCAUCCUGUCCUGGGUAUCCUUCUGGAUCAACUACGAUGCCUCGGCUGCCAGGGUUGCUUUAGGCAUCACCACUGUGUUGACCAUGACCACCAUCAACACACAUUUGCGGGAGACGCUUCCAAAGAUCCCGUAUGUCAAAGCCAUUGACAUGUACCUGAUGGGCUGUUUCGUCUUCGUCUUCCUGGCUCUGCUGGAGUACGCGCUGGUCAACUACAUCUUCUUCGGCAGAGGACCACAGCGGCAGAAGAAAGCUGCAGAGAAAGCCUCCACAGCCAACAAUGAAAAGAUGAGAAUGGAUCCCAACAAAUGGUUGGUGGGAAAUGUAGUUCAGAGAGACGAUGCUCUGUAUGCCAGAAUGAAACAGAGGGAUAUUGACGCGCAUGACUCCAUGUGGGAACCGAUCUUUGUGGAUGAUGCAGCAUUAGGACUAGGCGAUUCAAAAAAUAAGAUGGACCCCCAUGAAAACAUUCUUCUCAGUCCUCUGGAGAUCAAGAAUGAAAUGGGCACAUCAGAGUUGACCCUGGGUCUGGGCGACCCACGUGUGACCAUGCUGGCCUACGACAGCACCUCGCUGCAAUAUCGCAAAGCCGGCCUGGCCAGACACAACUUUGGACGCAAUGCGCUGGAACGCCAUGUCACGCAGAAGAAGAGCCGACUACGGCGGCGCACUUCACAGCUUAAAAUAACCAUCCCUGACUUAUCUGACGUCAAUUCAAUCGACAAGUGGUCGAGAAUGAUCUUCCCCACCGUAUUUUCCUUCUUCAAUGUCGUCUAUUGGCUUUAUUAUAUCAACUAACUGGAUUCUCGUCCGUCUGAGAAGCACCACUUAUUUUUAUGUCCGUAUAUUCUUCUGUCUGAUUUUGCAAUACAAGCAGGACUUAUGUUGACAAAUUCAAAUCAGGACUAAUUCUCUUUGACCUUGGGUUCACCUUAAUUGCUGGCUGACACUGAUACUCUAAAGAGGUUAAGAACAAAUUGUGCCUGCUCCAAAAAUCUAUAGUUUUCAGUGUGUUUGUGUUUGGUUUGAUAGAUUUUUUUUUUUUUUUUUUUAACAAUUUCUUUUAGGACAAGAUUAAUCUGUUUUGUUGCCAAAUUAUCAAAACAGUUACUGCUACAAAUUAGUUAUCUUUAUACUAACAAAAAAAAAAAAAAAAAAAAUCAACAACAAAACAUGGACGUCCACAGUUCUUUCCCCUUUUAGCCAUUUCUACGAGAGCAGCACUGGAUAAUUUAAUAUUUAUAUAAAUUUAUUUGUAAUCUUUCUUGUUUUCACGGUCUAUUGAGUGAAGAGACUCUAUGAAUAGUUUUAACAUAAGGCUGUAUUUUCUACUUCUCAACUCACAGAUAGUUUAUUUAUUCAAGAGAAUUUAUUAUACACUUUUACGUAACCUCAUUUAUUUUGAUAAAACUUUUCACUCAAAUACUGUACUCUAAAUUUUAUCCUCACACCUUAGCCGACUUUAUAUUUCCAUGAUGCUUGUAUUAUGUUUAAUAUUGUGCUAUGGAAAUUGAAGGCAUUACUACUAAUAACACAAUCCCAAAUUUGGUAGCACUCAUAGAUUUAAUUUGUUAUUGAGCUAAUCUCUCCGUUAGCAUUCCCACUCAUUCUCAUGAGCACUCAGUUCACUUGAGAUGUAAAUGUCACGUGACUGAUUGGCAUUCAGUAGUAAAGUGCAAUGCUUAUAGGCUGAUAGCAGGAACAGAGGCAGAGGAACAUGCACAGUCCCAAGCCUUUGAUAAGUAGUGAUAAUCCAGAGCUGUGACAUGAACGGCAGCAGACAAGGGGAAAAUAAAGUUUGUAAAAAUACUCUGAAAAAAAAACAUGGCACAUGCAAAACAUGAUAAAUAUUUGACAUCAGAUUAUAUGCCUACUUUCGAAUAGCCGUCAAUGGAGAAUAAUGCAUUUUGUCUUUAAAACGAUGUAGUUACAUCUACCAGGGCUGUGUUUCCUAAACGCAUCGUAAGCUUAAAGGGAUAGUUUACCCAAAAAUUAAAAUUCUGUCAUUAAUUACUCACCCUCAUGUUGUUACAAACCCGUAAGA